AUGAGAACUGGGCCAACGCCGUCCUCAACCACCAUCACCACCACCACCACAACAACGCCGGCGCGCGCCCGCGGCAGCAGCAGCAGCCCUCGUGCAGCAGGCAGCGGGCCCGCGGCUGGUCCCCCGCCCCCCGCUCGCGUGAACGACACGGCGGCGGCACGUCGCUGCGCGGCCGCCCCGCCCCCCCGAGCGCCCGCCGCGCGCGACACGAUGCCUCCGCUCGCAAGCGACGUUCAUGGAAAUAUGCAAGAUGUCGCGGGCGCGGAGCGCAGCGGGCGCGGCGGCGUCGGUACGGCGUUGCUGGCCUGCGCACGAGCUCAGGCGCGGGGUGGAGCGGCCACCACGCACCGAUACACCACAUCCAACACGCCACCACAGCGGGCACUGAGCACGGCAGCAGUAGCAACGGGCGCGGGGGCAAGGAGGACGACGAGGCCGCGGUGCCCCCUGGGCGGGGCGCGCGCAGGCGGGGGCGCUGGGCCGGCCGCCCCGCCGCCGCCGUCGUCCGGGACGGCGUCCGCCGCCUCGUCGUCGUCCCCGCGCCUGCUGAGCCUGUGGACGGCGCUGUACGACUACGAGGCGCAGGGCGAGGACGAGCUGAGCCUGCGGCGCGGGGAGGUGGUGGAGGUGCUGUCUACCGACGCCAAGAUCUCCGGCGACGAGGGCUGGUGGACCGGCAAGAUCGGGGACAAGUACAAAUUUUUAGGACCUAUUAGCUAUGUGACCUUGAAACAGCUGGAUCCUUAUCCUGGAUCUGCUUUUCCCAACAUAGAGAGUGCAUAA